GGCAUAGACGGCCUUGGAGACUGGGAAAAAGCUUCUUCGGAAAUUGUACCACCACUCUCGACGCCGUACACCCACGAUUAGACCUAAUUUAUUUCGCCAUGGAAUGCCUUCGCGACGACUUCCAAAAUGGCGUUUUGCUCGGUGGUCGGUACCAGACCAUCUCUCCUCUCAACCACGGCUCCUUCGGCAUGGUCUUCAUGGCCAAGGACACCUUCACAAACGAGACGGUCGCCAUCAAGUGCCUAACUAAGAGGUCAGCGUCACCUGAUGGUUACCUCGAGUUUGCGAUCGACGACCAGUCGGAGGAGCUCGUCUUGCACGGCCAGCUGGGCUUGCAUCCGAACAUCGUCAACCUGAACGAAUCGUUCGAGACGGAGGCGCACAUCUACCUGGUGCUCGAGUUCUGCCCGCGCGGUGAUCUGUACGAGGCGAUCCGCAUCGGCCAUGGCCCCUUGGAGACGGAACAUGUGAGGCGCUUCAUGCUGGAACUCGUGGACGCGGUUGCAUACAUGCACUCGAAGGGUAUCUACCACCGCGAUAUCAAGCCCGAGAACAUCUUCUUGACCCAGUCGGGUUCCAUGAAGCUGGGCGACUUCGGGCUUGCGACCUCGGACGAGUGGAGCUACGAAUCGACCGUGGGCAGCGACCGGUACAUGUCGCCCGAGCAGUAUGACUCAGCUGGUGCUGGGUACUCGCCUGCGCAGGCCGACAUCUGGGCUAUCGGCAUCUGCCUUCUUAACAUUCUGUUUUCGAAGAAUCCCUUUACAACGCCCACCGAGGCGGAUCCCUUGUUCCUCGACUUCUCGCGCGACAGGCAGUCCCUGUUCGACGUGUUCCCCGCCAUGUCGCAGGACACCUACGAGGUCAUCGUGCAGUGCAUGAACAUGGACCCCAGCAAGCGCUCCCUGGCCGGAGCCCGCGAUGCCCUGCUUCGCGUUGUCAGCUUCACCACGCUCGACGAGGCUCUUGACGACUUCUGCUCAAGCGACCGCCGCGUGGUUGCCAGCUCCAACCGCGAGCCCCUCCGCACACCUUCCAUCCAGAGUCCGCAGGUCGACACUGGCGCCUUCCCGUGGGCCAAGGCCCUGCACGCGACGCCUCCGAAGCCCAUCCGGCAGCUCAGUGCCAUCCCCGACGACGAGAUCUACGAGGAAGACUUGUUCUCCAAGUCGGGCACGACCGCCGACUGGAUGUCGGGCACCGCGCAGACGCCGUCCAUGUCGUCCUACAUGGACUCGAACCUGGGCUUGUCGAUGCAGUCGUUCGCCGCCCCAGCUAACUUCCGCCCGGUCCUGCCCGCAAAGGCUGCCGCGAAGUUGGCCCCGGUGGCUGGGUCGCUCCCGAUCACCAUGUCCAAGAACCGCAACCAGUCCGCCAUGUCCCUGGUCUUUGGUCGCAGCGAUGGAGUGUCCAAGAGCUGGAGUGAUCUGUGGGAUGAAGAGUUCGAGGAGGAGGAGGAGCAGGCGAACCAGCUGCAGAACCUCAAGGAGUUGAACUCGAGGACCUGGAGCCACGAGAGCACUGCCACGCCAUCCAUGGCCGCCGACAACGAUGACACGCCCCGACAAGGUUUGUCUCCCGCCACCAAGUCGGCCACUCUUGCCAGUGACGAGAACACGAUUCCGUCUAUCGAUGGAGUCUUCGACGAGGAUUCCGACAUGGACGGCCUGUUUGUCUACGAGGCACCGCCGGUCAAGGAGGAGCCUCAGCUUCCGCGGAACUCGCCGACGUCACGACAGAACGGCAUGGACAAGUGGGCAGCCCUUGGCGAGCGCCGGCGAGCGCACGGCAGCCCGCCUCGCAAGGUCGUCAACGUCUCGGUUCGCCCGGUUCGGCCUGCUAGGGCCGCCCUCUCCGCCAGCUCCCCGAUCAAGGGACCCGGUGUCUUUGAAAUACACACUGACUCUCACCAACCAUUUUCUUCUGUCUCUGGGAAUCACUCUCCUCAACACAAUCACCAUGGGCAACAACACCACCAGGGAAGGCGGACCAACAACAGUCGCGACCGGACCAAGGAAUGCCCGCGAACUAAAGGUCGCGAUCGAGAUUGGAAUUGGAACUUCGACUGGCGCAAGGAGAAGCGCACCGGUCUCGGCUAUCUCGGGGGGUUGGUUAACUGGCAAGCCGCCCGCUCCUGAUGGGAGCGCGGUGCGCACGAGUGCCGGUUUUCCACUUGUGGUUGGGGCCACACCACCGCAACCCGCCAUCAUUCAUCCUUAUCCCUCCCCUCAUCAUCAUCCCUCCUCCGUCGGUUGAUACCUCGAUCUAUUUUUUUCUUCUUUUUUUGGUGUAAGAGUGUUGACCCUGCUGCUGUCUGUCUCGUCUUGUUUUUUUUCUUCCUGUUUGGGCAUUCCA